GAACGAUUCGGAAUUUCUGCAACGCUUUUAGGUUUCAACCUGCCGGAAAAUUUGUUCAUCGUCGGCUUUCUCAUUCACUCCGAUCUCUUCGAUUCCGCCACAUCUGAUCGAUUACUCCAAGUUUCAUCGAACAGAGAGGGAUACAAAUCGAGGUGGAGUGGCAGUAGCCCAGAGUACUUGCAGAAUAAGGUUAAAAUGUCGGUUCAAGAGUAUCUGGACAAGCACAUGCUCUCGCGGAAAAUUGAAGACGCUGUCAAUGCGGCAGUUAGGGCCAAAACUCCCGAUCCCGUUCUCUUCAUCUCUAAUCAUAUGCGAAAGGCAGUUCCUUCGGUUAUAACAAAGGUUAGAGCGAGGCAAAUCCUUGAUAGCAGAGGAAUUCCCACCGUUGAAGUUGACUUGUACACCAAUAAAGGAAUGUUCCGAGCUUCUGCUCCAAGCGGUGCUCCCUCUGGACUCUAUGAGGCUAUUGAGUUACGUGAUGGAGACAAGGGCACAUAUCUUGGCAAUGGUGUCAGCAGAGCUGUUAGAAAUAUCAAUGAGAAGAUAUCUGAAGCUAUAGUUGGCAUGGAUCCAACCCUUCAGAACCAGAUUGAUCAGGCAAUGAUAGACUUGGACAAGACUGAAAAAAAGGGUGAACUUGGGGGGAAUGCAAUAUUAGCUGUGUCAAUUGCUGCUUGCAAAGCUGGAGCUGCUGAGAAGGAGGUUCCACUUUACAAACAUAUUGCUGAUCUUUCUGGCAGAGGAAACCAUGUUCUUCCUGUUCCUGCCUUCACACUAAUAAGUGGCGGAAAACAUGCUGGGAACAAUUUGGCUAUAAGAGACAUAAUGAUUCUUCCUAUUGGAGCAAGAAGAUUUGAAGAGGCGAUGCAAAUGGGCUCUGAGACGUAUCAUCACUUGAAGGCUGUUAUUACGGAAAAUUAUGGUGCACAUGGAUGUAAUGUCGGUGAAGAUGGCGGUUUUGCUCCUAACAUCUCCAGCUUUAGAGAAGGACUAGAUCUUGUAAAGGAGGCAGUUGGCAGAACAGGUUAUAAUGAUAAAAUUAAGAUUGCAAUUGAUGUUGCUGCUACCGAUUUCUGCAUAGGUACAAAGUAUGAUUUAGAUUACAAAUCUCCUAGUAGGUCAGGUCAAAACUUCAAGUCAGGAGAAGAUAUGGUUGAGAUGUACAAAGAACUAUGUAGAGACUAUCCUAUUGUGUCUAUCGAAGAUCCAUUUGACAUGGAGGACUGGGAACAAGUCAAGCAUUUUUCAGGGCUUGGAAUUUGCCAGGUUGUGGGAGAUGGUUUGUUGAUGUCAAAUUCAAAACGUAUUGAGAGAGCCAUCCAUGAACAUGCUUGUAAUGCUCUUCUUCUCAAGGUGAACCAAAUUGGGACUGUGACAGAAGCCAUUGAAGUAGUGAAGAUGGCAAAAGAUGCUCAAUGGGGGGUCGUAAUAUCACAAAGAAGUGGGGAAACCGAUGAUUCUUUCAUAGCUGAUCUGUCGGUUGGUCUUGCCACUGGUCAGAUAAAAGCAGGUGCGCCUUGCCGAGGAGAACGCUUAGCCAAGUAUAAUCAGUUGAUCAGAAUCGAAGAGGAGCUUGGCGAUCAAGCGACUUAUGUUGGUGAUGACUGGAGGCAGUCGUAAUCUCUUUCCUUUUUUGGAAAAGAAUGACAGAAAGAACCUUCUGAGGGUAUUAUUAUUUACCCAUUUUUAUUAGAAACAUUCAAGGGUUUUGCAUGGGUGAAAAUAUGGCGGAUGUGUACUAAAUAUAAGAUGAGAACGAAUGU